GGCGCUGGUGUUCAUUCCGGCCUCGGAGACUGCUGGGCUCCCAGCUUCGCUGUUUGCCGGGAAGGGGGCGGGGCGGCGGCGUGACCUGAGCCUGCCUCCCUGGACUGGGAGUGGAGCCGGACGGGAUCGCUAAGGCCUAAAGAAGCGAUUUCUUCUCUCGUGGCCCAACGUGGACACUCAGGUGCACUCACUUGCCCCUUCUCACCCUAGGACAUGACACACGUAGCGCCUCUCGGCCAUGGGGUCUCAGCAUUCCGUCUUUGCUCGCGUCUCCUCCUGCCCGCGAAAGGAAGAAGAUGACAACGAAGACUUGCAGGCUGAACGGGCGCAGGAAGAAGCCAUUGCUCAGUUCCCGUAUGUGGAGUUCACUGGGAGAGAUAGCAUCACCUGUCUCACAUGCCAAGGGACAGGCUACAUUCCGACAGACCAAGUCAAUGAGUUGGUGGCUUUGAUCCCACACAGUGAUCAGAGACUGCGCCCUCAGAGAACUAAGCAGUAUGUCCUCCUGUCCAUCCUGCUCUGUCUCCUGGCGUCUGGCUUGGUGGCUUUCUUCCUGUUUCCACAUUCAGUCCUUGUGGAUGAUGACGGCAUCAAAGUGGUGAAAGUCACGUUUAAUAAGCAAGACUCCCUUGUAAUCCUUGCCAUCACGGCUACCCUGAAAAUCAGAAACUCCAACUUCUACCCUGUGGCGGUGACCAGCCUGUCCAGCCAGGUUCAGUACAUGAACACAGUGGUUGGCACAUACGUGACUACUAACAUCUCCCUCAUUCCACCUCGGAGUGAGCAACUGGUGAAUUUUACUGUGAAGGCUGAGAUGGGAGGACCGUAUUCCUAUGUGUACUUCUUGUGCACGUUACCUGAUAUCCUGGUACACAACAUUGUGAUCUUCAUGCGAACUUCAGUGAAGAUUUCAUACAUUGGCCACAUGACCCAGAGUUCUUCAGAGACACAUCACUAUGUGGAUUGUGGGGCAAAUUCAACAGCCAUUUAGCAGCUGCUCUUAGUUCUUCCACGGCAGCACCUAUAGAAGAGAGCAUGGCCCCUCUUCCCAGGCCCUGAGUUUCUUACCCAUCCCUGGUGGUGGAAGCAGAGAAGGAAUUGAGGAAUUUGUUCCCUUAUCCCCCAGCAAACAUCCUCCUGCCACCAAGGAGGAAACUCUUCUCUACAGCACCAUUUAUGUCUCAGAACCAGCAGUCACUGCCCAGUACCUGGCCUGUACCCAACAAAUAGUAGGCACUCAAUAAAGGUUUGAAGAAUUUCAUUCAUA